AGUCGGAAUUGUUGUGUUGUGUUUAGAGAUGUUGUGAAUCGUUAAGUUUGGUGGCGGGGGGGACAGCAGCUUAUAGCUGAUAAUAGUUUCCCGGGGUGUAAAUCCAAAACAAACAUGGGAAUUGUCUGCAAAGAAUAUGGUCGAAGGUAGCUUAGAUGAUGGGAACUUUCUGGUUCGUGUCCGAGCCCAGGUCAUGACCAGAGAUGAUUCUACAGGAGGAUGGGUGCCAAUGGGUGGAGGUGGCUUGAGCAAUGUCUCAGUGAGAAAAAGAAUCAUCUCUGAGGAUGAAAACAAACCCGAAUACAUCAUUUGUGGGAAAAGAAUAUCAGACCAAACUGUUGUUCUCAGUUGUACUAUAAAAAGAGACUUUCAAUACAACAAAGUCAUGCCUACAUUUCACCAUUGGAGAACUGGUGACAAAAAGUUUGGUCUUACUUUCCAAACUGCUGCUGAUGCCAGAGCAUUCGAUAAAGGUGUUCGCACGGCAGUAGAAGAUCUUUUGGAAGUUUUUUCAGGAGUUGGCUGCAGUCAAAGAACCCGUGGAGGAGAAGAUGCAGAUGAUGAUGUUUUCAUGGCAUUGGAACUACCAAUGGAAUCACGAUCCUCCACAGGAUCCAGUAGUGAAAGUGCCAAUGGUGUGAAUACAUGCAGGCCCACUUCUGCUACGUCCAGCAUCCCGGGUGAUACAUUUUCAGUCACUUCAUCUCCUUAUUCUCAUUCCCAUUCUAAUCAGCACCAGAAGCUUCAACACAUUCAGUCACGCACCAUGAAACCCUCACGCACCAUGCCCGGUGUCAGCAGCAGCGGCACCAGCGGCCUUACUUCAUCGAUCAGUGUGGGAGGCGGAGAGCUGCUAAAGGCUCAGAGUGAAGAAGUUUGGGUCAAAGAAAGGACACACCUCAAAGACUCCAAUCCAAAUGAUCCAGAAAAAAUUGAACUUUCUAUUUUGGGAAGCGAUUCCUAUGUUCAUUUCUCGAAGGACAGGGCAGCUAGUCGUGCAGAGCAUGAGUAUUGCUAUCCAGCCAUUGAGAGUAUGAAGAUGACCAGGGAAGACUACUCAGCUGGGGACUUAAAGAAACCCAUUUCAACAGUUAGCAGUGAACCACCUUUGCUUCCCAGUAAGAGCUCGAGGAAAGAAUCUCGAAGACAGCAAGCAGCUCCAGCACAGUUGAAAUGCGCCCUCUGUCUUGAUGAGUACACCAAUGACACUAACCCUCCAGGGAGUUGUCGUUUCGGACCAGACAGGACGUUGAAUUGCAUCAACCAAGUAACUUGCUAUUCAUGCGCUCAUGGCAUGCUCUAUCACUGCAUGUCAAAUUCUGAAGGAGAGUUUCAUGACCAACCGUGUACGUGUGAUCCUGUUUCUGACGGUCGCUGCCGCAGACGUUGGACUGGCCUUGCCUUGCUUUCAAUAUUUGUUCCCUGCCUCUGGUGCUACCUGCCUCUUCGUGCCUGUCACCGAUGUGGAGCCAGUUGUGGUUACUGUGGAGGUAAACAUCAACCUGAGUCAUCAACCUGAGUGGGUGUUAGAUCCCACCUGCUUAUUGGCAACUAAGUCCUACUCGGGUACAUAUACACACUGCCUGGAAUCUCAGAUUUUUUUCAUUGUGGGAUUCACUCAUCUUUUUUGCCAAAGUGUUGCAGACAUGAUCUGUUUGAAGGCCAGUUUCUUGGAUGGCCCCAAUUUACAGUAUGACACCCACCAAUGUAAUAUAAUUUUUGUUACCCUGUAUAGAUAUUCCUUCAGAGCUGUUCCCUGUUGUCUGUUAAAUGUUUCAGUUCAAAAAAAAAAAAAAUAUUAAUUGAUGUGUAUACAUUGUUUUUAAGAUCUAUAUUAAUUUUCAUUUUUUUUUUCAGAGCAUAUUUUAGAGAAUUUUUUUUUCCUCUGCAUUUAUUAAUGCUUUUUAUCAUUUCAUUGAUUGUGAUGAAUGUAAUCUUAUUACUGUUUAUAGAGUUAUUAUGUAUACAGAUGUUAUUUUAUUAUGCUGACAUAAAAGUUAUCAGUGAUCCAAAUGUUGCAAAUUUGAAUCUUGUCUUUCUUUUACAUUUUAAAAUUGAUAAUUUGUUUUCAUGCUUUCUUUUUUUAAAAAUCAUUGUGCUUUCCAUAUAUGUUUGUGAAAUUUAUCUUCAUUAGAUCUAAUUAGAAGAAAGGGCUAUUUGCUCAAAUAACGAUUGAUACCUAUUUCAUGCUAUACUUCUUGGAACAAACAUUUUAUCAUAACUAUUAAAUUUGUGCCUUAUAAAGUGGCAAAGAGUUAUUUCAGAUGAAAUGUAUCCUUCUAUUUGAGUAUAUAGGUGUUCACUUCUGCUAAUGUCAUGAGCUGGUGUUGUAAAUGAUAUGCUGAGGUUGUUUUGAUUGUGAAUAUUGGAAGUAUGUUUGUUUCUUAAUGGCAUUUUGCAGUUGUAAAUUAUUGCAUUUCAUUGUUAUGGUUUCUUUCGGAUAUAUUUAAAAAAAAGUUAUUUAUAUCCUAGAAAUGAAAUGCUUUUCAUAUUUUAGCCCUUUCACUGCACCAAAAUGUUCUCAGCAUAUAAAAAUUUUUGCCUGAAUUUCAAAAUUGAACUCUGUAUAUGUACAAGUUUUUAAAAAUUCUUCUUCCCCGGGAGAAUAGCUGUGUUUUGUUUUUGCUGUAUUCUGAUAUAUGUAAAAUGUUAAUAUUGGAGCAACAAAAAUAGAGACAUGGUGGUGCAAGACUUGUAAAUUUUCAAAAUAUCUAAAUUUUAUUCAUUAUAUUGUUCUUCAGUAAUUUCUUCUGGUUAAAUUCUUAAUUAAAUAUUUUGUGAUGACUUAUACGUCAGUAUUUAAAUGAUGUAUGUAUGAUGUAUUAAAAUAUGUAUGUCAUUCUUGAAAUUUUAAAGCAAUAUUUUAUAUAUUUAUUUAUUUUUAACCCUAGAGUGUAUGCAGUGUUUGUGGCUUUUUGCUGAAAUUUAAUGAUUUGAUGUAGAAUUUUUUUUGUACAAUUAUCAAGCAAGAACCAUAUAUCUAAAAUUAUGGAUAAAUACUGUCACAUUCUUUACUACCAUGCUAACUAUAAGGCUGGGUUCUGAGUGUACUACACAGUAUAUGUCUCAUUAAAUGAACAGUCAUUUAUUAUUGGUUCAAAUCUUCCAUAUGAGCGUUCAUUAACCAUUUCACUUACUAUUCUACGGAUUUACUUUUUUUUAUACACAUUAUUCUUCCACAAGAUCAUUUUUACUAUGAACACACACACACACACAAAAGAUUUCAUUCAGUUUGCUCGAAAAUGUACGAUUUGCUACAUUCAAAAUAUUAUAUUGAUAUUAUUUGGUUAUUUGUUAUAAUAUUUUACAAAUGACAAUAGAUAAUAAAAUUUAUUUUGAGGAUUCAUUAUUUAUUCAAAAACGAAGACAAAUAUUACACUUUCUCUUAUAAUAACUAACUUAACUUCUAUGUAUUUAAAAAAUAUAUAUUAUCAGGAACUGAUUUAUGACAUUAAUUAAAAUAAUAUUACCAGAUUUGUUGAUUAAAUGGAAUAUUUCAUACAGCUGUUAAUGUUAUAAACCAUACAACAUAUGAAGUCAGUACAUUCUGCGUUUGCUGUAGGGUUAAAUGGAUGCACUUGUGUUUUAUGUGCUGCUUAUUCAAUUUAAUUAAUUCAAAUUAAUUACUUAAUACAGAUUUUUUUUGUUUGUAAAUAUUUGUAAGGAAUUAAUUACAUUAAUUUCUUUUAUGAUUAAUUUUUUUUAUUGUUCAAAGAAAAAAUUGUGUUCAUUUUUCAUUAUAUAAAAUCAAUUUCCAUUAUAUUUGGCUAUAUCCUUUUCAACAUUUUCAGUAUUUAAAAGCAUGUUAAACUUUUAAAAUCUUCAUUUCAAUCUGCUGAAAAUGCAGUUGUAAUUAUUUAUACAUGCAUUUUUUUUCUUUAUACAAAAUUUAAUUUUAUAAUUAUUUUAAAUUCAAUAUUACAUCUUUUCAUGUCCAUUCUUGAAAGUUAUGUGCAGUUUCUUUUUAAAAGCUUUUGGAUUAAUUUGUGUGUAAGUGUUAUAAGAAAUUGCAAAUCAACUUCUUUUAAUUUAAUCUAUAAACUAAGUAAAAUAUGUGUUUUAAAUGAAAUAUUUUAUCAGCUUAAAAAUGUUAUAUUCUUUGUUUUUAAAGAGAACAUUUAAUAUUCUACCUCGUUUUUUCCAUAUGCAUGGAUGUUUUAAUGCCUGUUGUGAUCGAUUUCAGUGUAAAAUGUUUCCAUGUUGUUGUUAAAGCAUAUUUUAAGUGAUCUAAAUGCUAGUAUUUUUUAAAGGCAGCAGAAAUGGUUCAUACAGUAGAGUUUUGUGAAUGUGAAAUAUAUAUGUGGCCAAAUCCUAUUUAUUUGGAUUGUGCAUAUUUACAUAGUUUUAAAGUUGACUCCAUUGGUUUUUGCAGUGCAUAUAUAGCACUAAAAGUGAAUAUUCAAGAGUCAUCUUAAAAUGGUUGCCAAUCAUUUAUGAUCUAAAAUUCAGUUUACUUCUUUAAAUAACGAAAAAUGAGUUUAAAUCCCUUGAAUGAUACUUAAAGUUGAUCCAGUUAUGAGUACUUGAGAAAAAUGUUAUGUGCAAAAUUCACUGGUGAUGGUUUAAAAUGGUAGUAGACAAUUGGCAAAGUUAUUCUAGUCUUUUAAAGGCAUUUGAAACAAGGGACUUUUCAAAAAAGAUUUGACUUGACACUCUAUGAGGCCUGUGAUGUUCACAGGAUUUGGUAAUUGAGUGUCAAACUGUUGAAGUUGCCUUAAUUAGGCUUUAAGGGGCUGUAAAAGGUCAACUUUUGUGAUUCGUAAGUAAAAAGCAGUUUUAGAAAGAAAGAGGAAAAGAAUUGAAAACACAUGGAAAAUUUGUAUUAAUCAUUUGCACAUAUAUAAUGAGGAGUCUGAAUCAAUCAUGUUUUUACAAAACUUUAUACCAAACUUAUUAUCUAUAAAUUGUAUUAAUACUUCGUUUUAUGAAUUUCGAUUGGUACAAUAUCCCAUUUUUAAUGAAUUUUUUUUUAAUUUAUGCUUUGUUUGUCAAAAAUUACUAUUAUAAAUAAUUUCAUAAAGGAAUUAAUAAUAAAAUAUAAUGUUCAUUAAAAUACAUUUCUUAAAAUAAUGCAAAAGAGUUUUGAUUGAACAUUGUUCAAGUUCAGGAACUUGGAAUAUGCUGUUCACAAGUUAAUGGCAUAUUUUUUAGCUGUCAGUGCCAAAACUCAAACAUGUGUUCAAAAACCAAUACCAAAAAGAAUUUGUGAUACUUAUGUUUCUAACUAAAUUUCUUAUAAUGAGCCCAUUUAUUAUUCAUCACUUCAACAUAACCAGAUUCCUUUAUCAUUAGCAGACAAAGAAUCCAAUCAUUAAGUUUUUAAACAUCUCCUUUUUUAUUUUUAUGAUAAAUCCCUCAAGAUUGUUUGUUGUGUCAGCCUAUAUUCUGUGUGCAUAAAUCUAAUCUAAAAACUAUUGCACGUAUGAUUUAAUGCGUUUUUGGUUUGAGUUUCUGAUAAGCUGAAUAGAAUGUCUAUGAUUAAAUUUCAUUUUAGUGUCAACAGUAGUUGAACAACUAAUCUACAAAAUCUUAAAACUACAAUGAUCAAUAUCAUACUUAAAAUAGAUAUUGUGUGAUAAUCAACAAAAACUUGUCAAAAUGUUGUAAUCGAUUUAAAUGUAUUUUAUUUGCAUAAUGAUAAAAUUAUUAUUAUUAUUUUCUUGAAUCAUUAGAACUCUAUUGUAUGUCAGAAGGAAAUAUCAAAUACCAAUUAUUCUUUUUAAUUUCAUUUAUAGCUUGUUCCGUUAUUAUAAUAUGUCGCUGUAAUUUUGGGUAUUACUUGCAUCAUUAUUUAACAAACAAAAACUAAAUUUGCAAAUCUUUUUUUUUUAUUUAUUUGUAUUUUUAAUCUUUAUGUAAUGAUUUACACCCAGGGACCUAAUUUUUCUCCUCUUGAUCAUUUCUAUAAUGUUUAAUAAGUUAUUUUUGUUCAUAUUCACAAAACUCUAUUGUAUUUUCAAUUGGAAAUUCAGCAUUGUCUAAUGUUUUUUUUUAAAUUUAUUUUUGCUGUUUAUUGCAUUUAUUCUCAGCUUUUAUUAUAAAAUCCUUCAUUGCAUAUAGUUCUAUAAUGUUUAAGAUUAGCUUUUAUUUCAAUUUUUCUCCCCCUUUUCCAACUAAAUAUAAAACUACUAUGGUUGUGAUCAUCACUGCUCCACGAGUGGAAUCUUGCAUGUUACUAGCUUCUAUUUUGUAGGUUGUAGAUUAAUUACUAAAGUAUUUUCUUUGUUCUGUUGCUGUGGAUGUGUAUAUAAUAUGAAGACCAAAAUGAUGAAUGAGCUUGAAAGACCGUAUUUUGUGGACUAAGGAAUUCUAAACCAACCAGUAUUCUUGCCAAUUCAGUGUAGCUUCAAAUGUCAGAAUUUUUUAAGGCAGCUAUUGUUAUUUCAGAAAAUUCAAUCAGCUUUUCCAGAGCAAAACUCAUCCUUGCUUGUAUAUACUAAAUAUUGUGUCUGUGUGUGAUAACCCACUGUUGAAUAUUGUCUUAUUAUGAAGAGAAAAAAAAAGUUGUAUUUGUUUUCAGUCAUCCUUGAGAUUUUAUGGAAAAGAUUUUGACAUUGUUCAUCAAUAAACUAUUGAUGGGUUUAUAA